CCCGCCCUUCCGCCGGAGCCGAGGGAGGGCCGGAGGGGCUGAGGGAGGGCCCGAGCAACGCCGGGGCCGUGAGGGGCUGCGGCGGCAGCAGCGCAACGGAGCGGCCGGGCCGGCCCUGCCGCCCGGGGCAGCCGGAGGAAGAUGAACCUGAAGUCGGAGCGCAGGGGGAUCCACGUGGAUCAGUCGGAGCUGCUGUGCAAGAAGGGCUGUGGUUACUAUGGCAACCCUGCCUGGCAGGGCUUCUGCUCCAAGUGCUGGAGGGAGGAAUACCACAAGGCCAGGCAGAAGCAGAUUCAAGAGGAUUGGGAGCUGGCAGAGCGGCUCCAGCGUGAGGAGGAGGAAGCCUAUGCCAGCAGCCAGAGCACCCAGGGGGCACAGUCCCUGACCUUCUCCAAGUUUGAGGAGAAGAAAACCAAUGAGAAAACAAGAAAGGUCACUACUGUGAAGAAGUUCUUCACUGCUUCCUCCAGAGCAGGAGCUAAGAAGGCAGCUGAAGAGAAAACCCCUAAGCAAGGACAGCUUGGGAGGGAGAGAAAUGCUGAUAACAUUCUCAGGGAUUUGAAGGAGAUUUUUACUCCCUCCUGGGAACUGGCUUCCCCUUCUGAAGCCUUGGCUGGCAAGCUGAAAGCAGAGAUCCAGGAGGCCAAAGCUCCCAGCCCUUCCAUCCACAGGCAGGCCAGCAUCGAGACAGACAGAGUGUCCAAGGAGUUCAUAGAAUUCAUCAGGACGUACCAGAAGCCUGGCCAGGAUAUCUACAAGCAAUGCAAACUCUUUUUGGACACCAUGAGUCAUAAAAGGGAGUUAAGCAUUGAGGAACAAUCUGAGUGUGCUCAGGAUUUCUACCAAAAUGUGGCAGACAGGCUGCAGACACGUUGGAAAGUGCCCCCUGAAAAAGUGGAGAAGGCAAUGGAUGAGGUUGAGAAAUACAUCAUGACUCGCCAGUAUAAAUAUGUUUUUUGCCCUGAGACAACUGAUGAUGAGAAGAAAGACCUUGCUGUCCAAAAGAGGAUCAGGGCUCUGCACUGGGUGACUCCCCAGAUGCUCUGUGUUCCUGUCAGUGAGGAAAUCCCAGAGGUCUCUGACAUGGUUGUAAAGGCAAUUACAGACAUCAUCGAGAUGGACUCCAAGCGUGUCCCUCGGGACAAACUUGCCUGCAUCACCAAGUGCAGCAAGCACAUCUUCAAUGCCAUCAAAAUCACCAAAAAUGAGCCAGCCUCUGCUGAUGAUUUCCUGCCCACCCUGAUUUACAUCGUGCUCAAGGGGAACCCCCCACGCCUGCAGUCCAACAUCCAGUACAUCACUCGCUUCUGCAACCCCAGCAGGCUGAUGACUGGGGAGGAUGGAUAUUAUUUCACCAACCUGUGCUGUGCUGUGGCCUUCAUUGAAAAACUGGAUGCUCAGUCCUUAAACCUGAGCCAGGAAGAUUUUGAUCGUUUCAUGACGGGCCAGACCUCCCCAAAAAAGCAGGAGUCUGACAGUUUCUCCCCUGAUGUGUGCCUGGGGGUGAAGCAGAUGUGCAAAAGCUUAGACCUCCUCUCUCAGUUGAAUGAGAGACAGGAAAGAAUUGUCAGUGAAGCCAAGAAGUUGGAGAAAGACCUCAUUGAUUGGACUGAUGGCAUCACCAAGGAGGUGGAGGAUAUUGUGGAGAAAUAUCCUUUAGAAAUCAAAGCAAAAAGCCAAGCCUUAGCAGCCAUUGACUCUGAAAAUGUGGAGAAUGACAAGCUGCCCCCACCACUGCAGCCUCAGGUUUAUGCAGGAUAAUUCUCCUCAGCUAGCUGGGAAGGAAAGGAAAUUUAAAGC